AUGAUCACCGUCAGCCUUCCAGUACAAUUCCUCUUAAUAAUACGAUCAUUUACCUGCACCAGAUAAUCGAAGGAAACACUACAGAUAUGGCAGGCAAGGACGAUGUGGAUAUCGAAGCCGAGCUGGCAGCCGCAGGAAAGGAAUUCGACAAGGAUGCCGAAAUCGAGCGCAUCCUCGCCGCCUUCCGCGCCAACGCCUACGACGUCUUCGGCAUCCAACCGGGCGUCCCCGAAUCCGACAUUCGCAAAAUGUACCGCACAAAAUCCCUCCUGAUCCACCCGGACAAGACGACGCACCCGCGGGCGCCCGAAGCCUUUGACCGCCUCAAGGUCGCGCUCGAGGUGCUCGUCGACGAGAAGCAGCGGUCGCAGCUGGACGAGGCCAUCGCGGAUGCGCGCAUGCUCACGAUGCGCGACUUGAAGCUGACGAGGGACGACGAGGAGGUUAAAGGGGAAGAGUUCAAGAAGGCGUGGGAUGAGAAGGUCAAGUGGGUGUUGAUGGAGAAUGCGAAGGAGCGGAAGAGGAAGCACGAUGCGGCGAUGCGGGAGCAGGGGAGGCAGCAGCGGAAGGAGGAGGAGGAGAUGGAGGCGAGGAAGAGGAAGAGGGAGCAUGAGGAGGCGUGGGAGAAGACGAGGGAUUCGAGGAUCAAUUCCUGGAGGGAGUUCACCAAGGGGGGAGAUGCGGGGAAGAAGAAGAAGAAGAAGGUGAAGACGUUGGGAUGAGGGGACGCGGGGAUACUGGGGGAUUGCUAUCGCGAGCGGCAAUCUUCUCCUCAAUCUCUCCGUGCUGGCACGGCGCAUGCCGUGUGGCACCCCUGUUAGGCAAUCCUUUCUGCACAGCAUGGCGUUCGGGUGAUCAAAUUCGGGGCACGGUCCGGCGUCGGCGUUAGGAAGUCCCAUUAGAAUCUGGAUGGAUGGCAUUCGAGCCUGGGACCUAUGUUCUCGGGCUGAUUGGGACCGGCUAUGCUGGGUACCUAAGUGGCACCUAGGUACAAUCUACCUAGGUAGUCAAGGAGCCAGUCAAGGCCAUACGAAUCAUAUAGAUAAUUUUAGAAGACCAUGUUCCCUCGAGGCUCCCGAAUUAUCCCUAGCGACGUCAGGAGCAGGCAAUCAUCCACAGGAGCUUCCUCAGCCG